AUGUCAUUGGUUCUUAGAUUCAGAUCCAAAGACGGCAUGUUUCGUCUAAACACCAGCCAAAAUGCCAGUUUUGGCUCGGUACUCGACCAAUUGGCCUCAAGGUUGCCCCCAUUUAAACCAGAAUCACUUAGAUUGGCCUCCAGUCCCAGUGAUCAGGGACAGCUGGCGUUGGAUAUCAAGGAUCAGUCAGUCCAGGGACUGAAUCUCAAGCAUGGAGAUAUGCUUUAUUUGACCUACGAGCCGGCUGAGGCCAGUAAGUCAGUCGGCAUCAGCGAAGUCAAGGAAACAAACACAGUCAAGCAGCUGCCUAUCGAUGACAUCUAUGACAAAGAGGAAGGUCUGAUUCCAAGAAAAAGGACCUCACUUUGUAAGCACACAGAUAAGGGAAUGUGCGAGUAUUGUUCGCCAUUGCCGCCAUGGGACAAGGGAUACCAGCAGGAACAUAACAUCAAGCAUAUUUCAUUCCAUGCUCAUAUUAACGAGCUGAACUCCUUGACAAAUAGAAAAGAGUCAGGAUCGUCGUAUAUAUCGCCACUUUCAGAGUCCAAUUUCAAGAUCAACAAGAAUUGUCCGGCGGGCCAUGAUCCUUGGCCAAAAGGAAUCUGUUCCAAAUGCCAGCCCUCCGCGGUCACGCUUCAGAGACAAAACUUCAGAAUGGUAGACCAUGUGGAAUUCCAAGAUAGCGAGAUCAUCAACGAAUUUAUAAACGCCUGGAGAUUAUCCGGAACCCAAAGAAUCGGCCUAAUGCUUGGCUCAUACGAUAGGUACGAGAAAGUGCCUUUGGGAAUCAAGGCAAAGGUCGAGGCCAUAUACGAACUUCCUCAGGUUGACCAAGAGGACGGCAUUAUACUACAAAACUGGGAAGAAGAGCAACAAAUAUUGUCUCUAAUCAGGAAAUUAGACUUGCAGCCAGUCGGCAUAAUAUUCACAGAUUUGCUUGACGCCGGAAGCGGGAACGGAUCUGUGAUUUGCAAAAGACACAAGGACUCCUUUUUUCUCUCUUCUUUAGAGGCGAUUUUUGCUAUCAAGUGGCAGCUCAAGUUCCCUAACAUAUGUAAAUGGUCGGACUCGGGGAUAUUCUCAUCCAAGUUCGUCACGUGCGUGAUAUCCGGGAACACCAGUGGCGAGAUCGACAUAGAAGCAUAUCAGAUUUCUGAGAGUGGAGAAGGCCUGGUCAAGGCUGAUCUAAUCAGUCCUUCGACACAUCCAAAUGAGGUUUACAUCAACGAACAGAACGACGAAAGAUACGUUCCUGAGAUUUUUUACCAAAAAAUCAACGAGUACGGGCUACAAGUCAAGCAGCACGCGACGCCCAGCUUCCCUGUUGAAUAUCUUCUGGUAUCAUUAACUCACGGAUUCCCUGAACGGUCGUCGCCAUUUUUCAAAGCGGGUGCUUCAAACAAGUUCCCUAUCGAAAACAGGGCCUAUAUUGGAGAAUCCGCCUCAAUGCCUGAUCUUAAGAACUAUUUGAGCUCUAUAAAUGGCGAUGACAUGAGCGUUUUGGCAACGCUUCUGAGCAACUUUCACUUGCUGGUGUAUUUUACACUGAACCAAGACAUCUUGAGUGGCCAUGAAUACGAGCUGCUGGUGGAAAUUACUCGCAAAAUCGGCAAGGGCGAGGAGGCUCUGCCGGAUUGCUACAAGCUGGUUGAUAGCGACGGGUGGAGGACUCUGCAGACGAUCUUGCAAGUCGGCUACUAA